AUGGUGCUCCACGUCGCGGCGGCGACGCCCGUCACGACCAAGAAGCGCAAGCUCCACGAGCAGCACUCGCCGCUCGACCGCAUCAAGCCGUCGCAGGACCCACGCCUCGCGCACAUCAAGUCCAAGCGCACCAAGCAGCUGCAGUCGCUCCUCCACCACGUGUACGACUUGGAGACCGAGGUCGCGCGCCUCAAGCGCGGCCACCUCGCGAUGCUGCCGUGGGAAGACGUCGUCAUCGCGCUCAAGGAUGAUACGCUCGAGCAGGUCCGCGAGAACCGGUCGCUCAAGCGUCAAGUCGACGCAUAUGCGCACCUCUCGACCGUCCUCCAGAGCUGGAUUCAAAGUCUGCACCCGCCGACGCGGCUGCCGAGCCAGAUUGAAGAGACGUGGCGCCAUGGGCAGCUCAUGGCGGGCGACGCCGCUUGCCGCCGCAUCGGGUCCUCGUGGAUCCUACAGCAGGUGUACCACAACACGAUGCGCGCGAUGGCCCACAUUGCCUACCCGCACACGCUCACGAGCUCCAUGGACGUGCACGUGCGCUGGGACGAGUCGCAGCACUUUUGCAUGACGGCGACCGCGCAAGACGUGUUCGAGUACCCGCUCGAGGUUGUGACAAACGCACUCGAGCGCACGGAGCGGUCGUUCGUCAAGGCGUACCGCCGCCAAGGCGCGAUUGAAGACCUUUUCGUGCCAUCGGAUGCGUCGGACGUGCAGCUCGUGCAGGAAGACUCGAGCUCGCAGCACCACAAGACGCGCUACAACGUCGUGCGCGGCCAGUUUUGCGAGCCAAAUCGAACGGUCGUCGCGCUCCGGACGGUGCUAAAGGACGAGCUCUUCCCGCUCGAGCGCAACACGUGGGUGCUCAACACCAAGCAGUGGUGGGUCGCAGACCGCAUCGGCCCGACGACCACGCGCUGCCGCACGUUUUACACGAUCGACCACCCGUUCACCGAAGGCGGCGGGUACGUCUCGCUCCGCGAGCUCGCCGCCUGUUACAACAUUCAGAGCGACGAUACCAAGGUCAUUGCCGCCGGCGUGCGAGCGCGGUACGAGCAGUCGCAUGUCAACCAGCGCGUCUUCUUCAAACGACGCUUUGAAGAAAUACUGGCAUUAAUCGCACCGACAAACGAGCAUCACUCGGGUGCCUCCCCGCUCGGCUAGCCACUGUAGUAGUAACGUGCCCUAUGCAUAUUUUAGACCAACG